GGAGGAGGAGGAGGUAAAGAGACAGAGAGACUGAUAGAGUCUGACACCCCAGAAAGCUAAGAGAGGCGCAACCUCGGUCAUGGAUAUGGACAUGGAGAAGGAGUUCCACGAGGCGGAUAGAAACAGCGGCUGGGGUUCUAUCUAUCAGGAAAUCCGAAAUCAAGCCAGUGACUUUCCGUGCAAAGUGGCCAGACUGCAAGAGAAUAAAGCCCGCAACCGCUACAGAGACGUCAGUCCUUUUGAUCACAGUCGAAUAAAACUGCACCGAGAGGACAACGACUAUAUUAAUGCCAGUCUUAUCAAGGUGGAAGAGGCACAAAGGAGCUACAUUCUUACCCAGGGGCCUUUGCCAAAUACCUGUGGUCAUUUCUGGGAGAUGGUUUGGGAACAGAAGAGCAUAGGAGUGGUUAUGCUCAACAGAGUCAUUGAAAAGGGAUCAAUCAAAUGCGCUCAGUACUGGCCAAAGAAAGAAGACAACCCCAUGGUGUUCGACGACUCAGACUUGAAGCUGACGUUGCUUUCAGAAGACAUCAAGUCUUAUUACACAAUACGACAACUCAUGCUGGAAAAUCUCAGUACACAAGAAACCCGUGAAAUCCUGCACUUUCAUUACACCACGUGGCCUGAUUUUGGAGUCCCAGAGUCGCCUGCAUCAUUCCUUAACUUCCUGUUUAAAGUCCGUGAAUCGGGCUCCCUAAACCCUGAACAUGGACCCAUUGUGGUGCACUGCAGCGCCGGUAUUGGUAGAUCCGGUACAUUUUCUUUGGCAGAUACUUGCUUGCUUCUGAUGGACAAAAGGAAAGACCCCUCUUCAGUGGAAAUUAAGCAAGUUCUCCUAGAAAUGCGAAAAUAUCGAAUGGGCCUCAUACAGACAGCCGACCAACUGCGGUUCUCGUAUCUCGCCGUCAUCGAGGGGGCAAAGUUUAUAAUGGGAGACUCCUCCGUGCAGGAACAAUGGAAGGAGCUUUCCAACGAAGACUUGGAUCCUCCACCAGAACACACACCCCCUCCCCCCAGGCCUCCAAAACGGACCACUGAGACGCCCAACGGCAAAGUCUACGAGCAGUCGGAAUUCUUCCCACAGCAAAUAGUAGAGGAGGUGAUCAGACGCGCAGUCAGUGUGGUGGAAGAGUCUGUACCUGAUGGAACAAUCCUCUCGCCUCCUGCAGAAAGCGCUCGCCCCGACACUGAAAUGCGAAGAAGAGCCGUCGACGACCAAGUCCACUCCAGCCCCGAAGAGAAGCUCCAACCGGAGAGCGAGGACAAUAACAAGAGCCCCGAGUGGAAGUCGUUUGUGAUGAACAUUUGCAUGUUUGCCGUUGUUACAGCGGGGGCCUGUCUCCUCUACAGGGUCUGGUAUCAUUAAUGGACUCGCCCGUCCCCUCCCCCCCACUCUCUUUUGUCUGUAAUUCAGUUCUUCAUGACAAAAAGCUAAUUGGAACAACCUAAGGCAAAGCGAAGCUGAACUACAGCUCUAGGCUUUAAAGGCUGGAACUUUGCUUGGGCUUCUGUGAGAGUCAGUGCACUAGGGUUUAGAGCAGCCCUCAAGCCCCCAAAACAAAGGAUAAUGCUGAAAUCUCAGGGCCAUCAAUCUAUUCAGGAGUAAGCAGAAACAAACAAAAUGCCAAAUAUCUUCUUUUUUUUUUUCUUUUUUUUUUUUGGGGGGAAUAAAAUAGCGGUAUCACAACACAUUGUUGUUUUAUAACUUUUUUUUUUUUUUUUUUAAGACUUGACAUUUUUAUUUGCGUUACUCUAUUUUACACGAAAAUGAUAGUGCGCUCGUCUCUAUGUGUCUUGCACCCCAGUCCCAGGUUCAAUGACGUAUCCAUGGAAUGUAUCAGGGCUCAGGGCUGCCUUUAGGGAUAGAGUGCGACUACAACUCCCCGUAAAUAAUCCCCCCCCAAAGACAGCCCUGAUCUGUUUCUAUUUUGUACCCGACUACCAACAGAGAAGGCGGAUGAAUUAUAUAAAAAGGUGAAGAUUUCUCUUUUUUGUUUGUUUUUUAUUAACGUUAUUCUGGGGCUGUGCCUGUGGUCGCCAUUUACUCUCUCUGUAUAACAACUGUUACAAUAUCUUUGUCUAUUCCUUUUGUUUUCUAGUAGCAACGGCUUCUUCAUUGGCUCAGGGUAGUCCCACAGUAACGAUUGGUUUUUUUUUUCCCCCUUUUAUUUUUGUUUUCUAAACCUGUCGGACAUUGCACCCCCUUUAUUGUACUGACUGAUAACGUUCUAUUCUGGUGCAAAGAAUAUGCUACGAAUAAACGUCACUUCAAACGUU